ACCGUGCAUCAAGUGUAUGAAGUCGAUUUUCCGUCUCCAGUAAUCUAUUGACUAUGUUGCUUUUGGCUGUUUCAAUUUUGUUGAUUACUAUUUGUCCUACAUCAAAUGGAGAGGUUUCCGUUGGGUCUGCAAUGAUCAAGGGCUCUUGCUAUCGCAAAGAGAAGCUUGACGUGGUUGCUUAUCAUGUUAAGGGUGGUAUUCCACUGCCAGUACGCAGGGACGUCGGACAAUGCGUGCAGGGAGAGUCCACGAAAAGUGUUUGUGUGCCGUAUGAAACAACCAAGCGACGUCUUUUCAUGAUGUCAAGCGUAGUAGUUGAGAUGGAAACGAUUCAGAAGUGUCAGUCAGCUAGUUCCUCUUGCCAGCAGCUUCCGCACAUGGUCACUUUUUACAAGGGGACUGAGUACGAGACUACGGUUGACGUUGGAAUGUGUAGCGGAGUGUGCAUCGAAAAUAACGCGUGUCUAGCAACUAUGAAAAAGACGAAAAGUAUUUCAUCACCAAACGGGGUCAAGUGCCUUGACACUGUUGAGGAGUGCUCAUGCGUGGUACCUCACUGUUACCGUUUGUCAUCAUUUGAGGGAUUUCCCGAGCAGUACACUGACUCCCGAGGAAACACAGCAAUGCGAACUAAGAUCAUUGAUCUUGGUAGAUGUAUUGGCGAUACCUGUCCCUUGGAAACUACCAAUUCGAGGUUAGAUAACGCCAAAUUUGCAUGGUUCUUCGUGUCCAGACCGCAGGACCCCACCAAAUGUCGCUCACGUUCGAGGAAAUGGCAUUCCUUUAACACCACUGGAGGAAAGAGCUUCAACGUCUCCUCCAUUGAAGACUGCGUCUGUUUCUAAGAAAGACCGGUCCGACUAAACUUGGGCCCACAUAUAGAUUUUGUUUCUCAUAAGCUCAACGCUGUUCUUAGAAGCUCCAGUUCAAGUUAGUGGAGAGAAAUUCUAGCUCGCUGGGAAUAACAAAUAAGUCAUGUGACUGUUUCUGAUGAUUACAAACACAAGCCGCAAUAAUUAUGUAGAAGUUAGAGUAAGAUAAAAAAAUAAUAAUAAUCGCUCUGGAACAAGAGAUAAACUGUUUCUAGUUCAUUUUCAAAAGAAUCACAGUAGUUAUCAUUCCGCUUUAUCAGUUCAUUUUAUUGCUAACUUAUAGCUUAAGAUUUACGAUCCGCUUUUUGAACUUCUUAAUUGUUACCUUUUAGCUCCAGUUUAUAGUCCUUUUCACAUUAGUAUUUUGUGACGAAAGCAUACAGUGCUCUAUUGCUUUACAGAUAUAACAACCAGAAAUAACAGUCAAUAAAAUUGCAUCGAUCCGAGUAAAAA